CUUGCACUCUAGACUAGGGUAGACCAAGGCUUGGGUAGACAGAUACCACCGAGUAUUGGGUCGAAGAACAUCUAUUCUUCAACAUGUUUCAAGGGCUACAAUCGAAAGAUUCGGAUGCCGCAGAAUCAGAGCUCGGCGGCAGCCCUGGUACUUUCCGUGUCCGCCAAGUGGCGUCUCUAUCGGAAGUGUCCCUGAUACUGGAGUGGGCAGCGGCCGAAGGAUGGAACCCGGGCGUUCACGACGCAGAAAGUUUCUACCUUCAGGAUGCUACUGGCUUCUACUUGGCGGAAUUAGAUGGCGUGCCAAUAGGAGGAUUCUCGAUGGUUAAAUACGGGGAAAACUUCGCCUUUGGGGGAUUUUUGAUCAUCAAGCCUGCAUUCCGUGGUAAGGGAUAUGCACUGAGACUAUACAAGGCAGUGAUGGAAGCAUCAGAUAUGUCUGACAGAACAAUCGGAUUAUACGGUAUGGUACAUUUGCAAGAUACUUACAGCAGGAUCGGGGGAGCCCAGUUUGCAUGGAAGCAGAGCCGAUUUCGAGGGGUUGGCACAGACGACGCCAAAGGCGUCAAACAAGUCGACAGUCCAGUGGCUAUUGUUUCUGUUAAAGAGGUGGACUUUGAGCAUCUCUGCGUGUUUGAUGCGUCGGUGUUUGGCACAGCGCGACCAACUUUUCUGAAGAGUUGGAUCUCGCAGCCUGGCAUGGUCGCCCUCGUUGCUGUAGUGACAACCACAGCGUGUGGCGAAGACGAAGAUGCGCGCAGCAAGGAGACCACGAUUGUCGGCUGCGGAUGUAUUCGUCUUAGCGUCGAGAGCUACAAGGAUGCCAACUUUUCCCGUAGAAUCGGCCCCAUUUUUGCUGAGUCUGCAGCGGUUGGCUCGCAGCUAUUUGCCGCUCUGACAGCCACUGUACCGUUGGGAAUUCCUUACUACAUCGACGUUCCACACACAAACGAAAGCGCCAUGGAGAUUGCCAGGGAAGCCAGCCUACAGUCGGUAUACCAGACGGCACGUAUGUUUAUUAACGGCGAUAGGGGAGUUAAAUGCAGCAUGAUAUACGGGAUCACUUCUUUGGAACUUGGUUAACACUGAAAUAAUCAGAGAUAUUCAGCAAGUCUAUACCCUACCAUGUCCCUUCUCGUACAUAUACUAUAGAAAGCAUAUAGAGGAGACAAGCCUGAACUCAGCCACUAUUACAAAUUUGCGGAAAUAGCACAUGGUAAAACGUUAGUUCAAGCUCAGUCCGAUAAGUUUCAUGAUGCCUACAAUCCAGAACAGCAACAAAACAACGGCGACUAUGGGAGAGACGUCUGCAAGAACACGACCUCUUCACCCCAUGUGGUGGCCAAGUCUGUUGUCCAUUGAAAUAUGAGUUCGCCGGUGCUCCCAUACCUUUCUUUGAAAACGCAGUGUGGCCCACUCUCCCCAACCCAAGCUCAUCCAAGUACCCACCCGGCUCGAGGGCGCGCAAGAUGUCUGACCGCUUCAACGAGAAGUAUACCAGUAUGAUCAGGUGUCUACACGAUAUGUUCAAUGGACACCCGGACAACAUGAAGAAGUGCUACGGCCUAAUGUCAUCCCUGACCGUGGAUGCCAAGAAAAUGGUCCAAACACCGAUCGACCCAGACGGCGACCCCAACAUAGGGCAGAAUGUGGCUCCUACAUUCGAGUGGUAUCCGCCUGUCAACUAAUCUAAUCCGGACACACGUACAUACAACGCAGGGAGAGUAGACGAUUAGAAAGAUAACGUUAGCUCUUUCAUUAACAAAAUUACUACAGCAGCACCUCUGACAGAGGACAUCACAAAUAGCAAUUGGAUCCCAUGUAAAGGCAUAGCAUAUUCUGUACGUAGCAUGAUGAAGGAAACUACAGAUGCCAAGAUUGUAGAUUUUGUAGAAAGUAGUCGGACACAAUCUCUAUCUAUUUCGAUUAUCUCACUCAAGUCAAGUGAAUAAAAGACGUUAUGAAGUAGACAGACGUAUCCAUCUUCUACAGAAUACACAUUUCGAUUGCUGAGAAUAGCUUAGAGUUGAAAAUUUCCAGAUAACGGUUGCAGUUAAAUAGGAAAUGAACGGUAGUAGAGCACUAGAGAGAAAGUAAAACAGAAGACCCACCGCAUGGCUUCAUAACUAAAUCCACAUCGUGAACACUGUAUACUAACAAGUAAUUAUAGCAGGACAAGAGAGACAAAAAAUAAAGAUACAAAGAAGAAGUUGCAAAGAUGAUCUGUAACAGCAACAUAUAACUGGGGAAAAUGAUGCGUUGAUCAUUUGUCAAAUUAGUAUCGCUUGAGAA